UCCUUCUUGGUUCCUCCCAAAGUCCCCACACUCCUUCAACAUAUUCCGGAUCUGUAUCCAAUCGAAUGCACAACCUUAGUAAAUGAAGAUAUCAGGCAUCUCUCCGGUCAUUAUCAUGAUGCAUUGAUGUGGUUGUCUGCAACAAAGGUCCAUUGCUUUCAUCACCGCAAUGUCGAUUGACCUGCGAGAACAAGAUCGGCGGUAUAUCCGAAUGACUCGAGUUUAAUGUAUGCUAUCUUGCAUUGAAUAUUCGUUCAGAGAGUGUCAGCGGACAUAUCUUGCGGUCUUUUAUAAUCAGAAUGUAGAACAGUUGUUUAGAUAUUGCUUGAAUCCGAUAUAUCUGAUUGAACUUUCCCAAAGCAAAUUUGAUUGCAGGUCACCACAAUUUCUUCGAUGCUUCCUGCACAGCCUGUCUUGUUAGAUCUUGAAAGUAAGGUGGAAGAUGAGAAAUGGUAAAGAAAAGGAAUGUUUUCUGGUUCUUUGCUUGCCGAAAUGUGCAGCCCUUUUAUCCCAAAUCAUGUUCAGCUUUGACUGCAAUGGUAACUUCCUGUUCAUGUCUUCUCUCUGCCUCUAUAAAUCCAGAGCAAGUAGCUGAGACAGUGGACUGUCUCUGCCCACUAUAAACUUGGAUCUGAAACCCACGGAGGGCGGCCAUGCUUCUACAGAUUUCCCAAAUAGGUUUACUCGGGGUAACAUUCAGAAUUCAGAACAAAACUGAAGGGAAAACAGUGGUGGAUUUGAUUGUUUAGAACUAUUGUUUAGAGCCCACCGGGUUUGGAGCUUUACACUUGCAGAUACGUUUCCCUGCAAUGCUGUCUUGUAGAGCUUUGGAGGGCAGAGGAGGAGCAAAACCAUGAGCCGAGGCCAGCUUGCUCUCUUCCUGCGCUUGAGCAGCUGCGUCGCGCUUGGAAUGCCAUGAGCGCAGAUGGUUCUGUUCUUCCCUUGCAGAAAAAUCUGAUUCUGAUGCUGGGGGUUGAAGAAAGUUCUCAUUUUGGGAUCUGAGCGAUGAGGGUUUGAGGAGCAUUGUGAGGGAUUCUUCUCUCUCCUUUCUCGAAGAGGAAGGAAAUGGCCCCAAGCUUGGAUUUUUCGGAUUGGUGGGCGAAGGAGAUCCGAAGCGGCACGCCGGUGGUCGUGACGAUGCAGAAUCCCAACUACUCGGUCCUCGAGGUCGACGGCCCCGACGCUGCUGCUUUCCAGCCGGCGGACAAGGGCCGGGGAAGGAACGCAAAGCAAGUCACUUGGGUCUUGCUGCUCAAGGCCCAUCGAGCCGUCGGCUGCGUUGCCUGGUUGGCUGCUGGCCUUUGGUCGCUGCUCGGCGCCCUCAAGAAGAGGGUGUUCUUCGGGCAAGGAUUCUCCACAGAGAGCGAUAAGCCUGGCAAGGGCAGGUUACUGUUCAGGUUCCUCAGGGGCUUCUUGGUCCUCUCGAUCGCCAUGCUCGCACUCGAGAUGAUUGCCUACUGGAAGGGGUGGCACUUCAAGAAGCCUAACUUGCAGUUGCCGGAGAGCUUGCAUAUGCCUGAAACCACCGAGAUCCAGGGGUGGAUGCACAAUGCCUACCUCUGUUGGCUUGCAUUCAGAUCCAACUAUAUCGCCUAUCCGAUUCAGGUCUUGUCAAACUUCUGCAUCGUUCUCUUCAUGAUACAAUCAUUGGAUCGAAUGAUCCUGUGUCUUGGGUGCUUCUGGAUCAAGCUGAAGAAGAUCAAGCCAACCAUAGACAGUGAAUCGUUCAAAGCAGAUGAUGUAGAAAGUUCAGGAUCUGAGUACCCCAUGGUGCUAAUCCAGAUUCCAAUGUGCAAUGAGAGAGAGGUAUAUGAGCAAUCUAUUUCUGCUGCGUGCCAGAUUGAUUGGCCAAGAGACCGUGUUCUAGUUCAAGUUCUUGAUGACUCGAAUGAUGAGACAAUCAUGCUCUUAAUUAGAGCAGAGGUGUCCAAGUGGAGUCAACGAGGUGUCAACAUUGUCUAUCGGCAUCGUUUAGUCCGAACUGGUUAUAAAGCUGGAAAUCUGAAGUCUGCUAUGAGUUGUGACUAUGUUAAAGACUAUGAAUUUGUUGCUAUAUUUGAUGCUGACUUCACACCCAACCCAGAUUUCCUUAAGAAGACUAUUCCACAUUUUAAGGGAAAUCCCGAGCUUGGGCUGGUUCAGGCCAGAUGGAGCUUCGUAAAUAAGGAUGAAAACCUGCUUACCCGACUCCAAAACAUUAAUCUCUGCUUCCAUUUUGAAGUCGAGCAGCAGGUGAAUGGUGUUUUCUUGAACUUCUUUGGCUUUAAUGGGACUGCGGGUGUGUGGAGAAUCAAAGCUUUGGAGGACUCUGGAGGUUGGCUGGAGCGGACAACUGUGGAAGAUAUGGACAUUGCCGUACGUGCACAUCUCAAUGGUUGGAAGUUCAUCUUCCUCAACGAUGUCAAGGUGCUGUGUGAAGUGCCCGAAUCUUAUGAGGCUUACCGAAAACAGCAGCACAGAUGGCACUCUGGUCCAAUGCAAUUAUUCCGUCUAUGCCUUCCAGCCAUCUUAAAAUCCAAGAUAUCUGUGUGGAAGAAGGCUAAUUUAAUCCUGCUCUUUUUCCUCUUGAGAAAGUUAAUCCUCCCAUUUUAUUCUUUCACAUUGUUUUGUGUAAUUCUACCACUAUCCAUGUUUGUACCUGAGGCUGAGCUACCUCUCUGGGUAAUCUGCUAUAUCCCUGUUAUUAUGUCAUUCCUAAACAUUCUACCAGCCCCAAGAUCCUUCCCUUUCAUUGUUCCUUACCUUCUCUUUGAGAACACCAUGUCGGUGACCAAGUUCAAUGCUAUGGUAGUCGGUCUAUUCCAACUGGGGAGUUCGUACGAAUGGAUUGUCACAAAGAAGGCAGGAAGGUCAUCAGAAUCUGAUCUGUUGGUGGCAGCCGAAAGAUGCUCGAAGCCUGUAGGCCAUUUGCAACUACAUAGGGGGGUUUCAGUGAGCGAGCUCAUGGAGCUGAACAAAUUGAAGGACCAGCAAGAAGAAGCUCCUCCUCCUCCUCCUGCAAAGAGGGGAAACCAGCUUUACAAGAAGGAAUUAGCUCUUGCUCUUCUCCUCCUCACUGCUGCAGUCAGAAGUCUGCUCUCUGCCCAAGGGAUUCACUUCUACUUCCUGCUCUUUCAAGGAGUAUCAUUUCUUCUCGUGGGUCUUGAUCUAAUAGGGGAGCAAAUGGUCUGAUGUGAGAAGAAAGAAAAGAUGCUAAACUCAUAUAUGCUUUAUUCAUCCAAGACAUAUUCUUGUCUAUAUAACCAUCAUGGAUAGCUAUCGGAUACAUGUUCUUUGUGAUAUCAAGCAUGCAACAAGGAACAGUGGCUCCAUUUACAAUAAGAUAUGCAUCUCGAAGUCUGGUUAGGACUUUUUUGUUAUUCCUUAAUUUGAUGUCUUCCAUUACACAGACAUUCUUCUCAUAAAUGUAAAGCUAUUGCUGAGCUAGGACCCAAUCUCUCUCUAAAUAUACCUGUAUAAGAUUGAGGGACAAAAAAAUAAACAGUUUGUCCAGUGUCAUUUAUGGUGAGAGAGUUGAGAGCUGGUCCUUACAUAUCAAUUAUACCGAGAUUGUGUAACAAUUAUGUGUGUACUAGAAAUAAUUCAGUUUAUUAUUGGAUGAAA